ACCAGCACGUGUGUCCCUGCGUGUAAACUACUAUUGGGGGGUCGAGCGAAUUUUUCAGAGCAAAGGCAGACCACUAAGCAAAGGCAGUCGUUGCAACAAGGACUUAUGCUGUGUGUUUGUGACCGGAAUAUCAAAGCACUUCUCGUUUUGAAGCAUAUCUAAGGUGGCCUUUAGCACCUCAAGCGUCACAUCUCCGAAGAGGCGAGAAGACCAGAUACAGUGCGAAGAGUGUUUUUCUCGCCCUCCCUCACAAAUCUCUCAUCCCAUCUGUUGGAGCACUUGUGCCAAGGCUGUUUCACAGACCGAAAUUCAUCUCCUAUCUGCAAUACUUAGAGUGACACUCAAGAUAAUUACUAUCUUUUUGGUCACUUUUUGAAAACCCUGAAAGAAGGACUCACAGCCCCCCCGAAACUCUUUUCUUUGCAGUAGAAGCAAUGAAUUCCUUUUUUAACUACCAACCAAGUUAUUCCUCUUUUCACCUUGGUUGAUACCUUUUAAUAAAGCUGUUCCAGCCUCAUCCUAUUCUAGUAUGAGUUAUGACAACUCUACAUCAAUGCCCAGCAGCAGCACUCGGGGGCGAGUGGCAAGGCCCAAUGAGAAAGACAAUGGACAGGAAUCAGAAUCCGAAGGGUUAAACUGUCUGAAAACCAGCAGUGUUCAGCCCAAUGGCUCCGCUCAGGAGCAGGAAAGUGGAAAUGGAGGCGACUCCCCUGGAGGCUCAUCGCCCAGUGUAGGGUCAGUGUCUGGAGGUUUGUCCCGAGACCGAAGGGGGCCCAACUCUGAUGAUAUGGACGGACUCUCCAGCGGCAACGACUCUGGGGAGAGGGAAAGCGAAGGCGGGAUGGAGAGAGACAACGGGUCACGUGGGCACCACUCAGUACGCAGCUCCCACAGCUCGUCAAAUGGAAAGGACUCCGGCAUGAUGCUGGAAAACUCAGAGAGCAACAAGAGCUCCAACUCCCAGCAUCUCUCACCUCCCAGCAGCUCCCUGGCCUACAGCCUGCUGUCGACCAGCUCGGAGCACGACCCCCCCUCCACCUCUGGCUGCAGCAGCAACCAGUCGGCGAGGGUCCAGACCCAGAAGGAUCUGAUGAAGGCCAUCAAGGAGCUGAAGCUCCGCCUACCAACUGAGCGCAAGGCCAAGGGCCACACCAGCACUCUAAAUGCUCUCAAAUACGCACUUCAGUGUGUCAAACAAGUUCGAGCCAACAAGAAGUACUAUCAUCAGUGGAGCGUAGAGGAGUGUCAAGGCUGCAGUCUAGACUUGUCUGCCUUCACAAUUGAGGAGCUUGACAACAUCACUUCAGAAUAUACCCUCAAAAACACUGACACUUUUACCUUGGGCGUGUCAUUCCUGUCAGGGAAGAUCGUGUACGUAUCGCCCCAGGGCUCGUCCCUGCUCCGCACUAAGCCGGAGCGUCUCCAAGGGACUAUGUUUUCUGAGCUUUUGGCCCCGCAGGACGUCAGCACUUUCUACAGCGGCACAGCACCCUGCCGCCUGCCAAACUGGGCCGCCUGCAUCGGUUCUGCUUCUGCUCCAGUCGAUUGCACUCAGGAGAAGUCCAUGUUCUGUCGAAUCAGUGCCGACCGGGCGCAGGGCUGCGAGAUGCGCUACUACCCCUUUCGCCUCACGCCCUACCAGCUCACCAUCAGAGACUCAGACGAUGCUGAGCCUCAUCCCUGCUGCCUGCUCAUCGCAAAGAAGGUCCACUCUGGAUACGAGGCUCCUCGUAUCCCUCCAGAGAAGAGGAUCUUCACCACAAGUCACACACCGAGCUGCAUCUUCCAGGAAAUUGAUGAGAGGGCUGUGCCGUUGUUGGGAUACCUUCCUCAAGACUUGGUGGGAACCCCCGCCCUGCUCUACAUCCACCCCGAAGACAGGCCCAUAAUGUUGGCUAUACACGAGAAGAUCUUUCAGUUUGCAGGCCAGCCGUUUGACUACUCGCCCUUGAGGAUAUGUGCGCGCAACGGGGAAUAUCUGACCAUCGACACCAGCUGGUCUUCCUUUGUGAACCCCUGGAGCCGGAAGGUGGCGUUCAUCGUGGGGCGCCACAAAGUCAGAACGAGCCCUCUGAAUGAAGACAUGUUCACGGCACCGCAGGGCUGCGAGACUUGGACCACCACGCCCGACGUCGUCCAGCUGAGCGAGCAGAUCCACCGGCUCCUAGUGCAGCCGGUGCACAGCGGCAGCUCUCAGGGCUACAGCUCACUGGGGUCCAGCGGCUCCCGAGGGUCCCGGCAUUCACACCAACAGCACCUCAGCGCCGCCUCGUCCAGCAACAGCAACGCACCCGCCAUGGACAAAGCGGCCGUCGCAAUCUCUCUACGCAAACCUAUGACUUUCCAGCAGAUCUGUAAAGACGUCCACAUGGUCAAGACUAAUGGACAGCAGGUUUUCAUCGAGUCCCGUAACCGGCCUCUGCCCAGAAAAAACACCAGCGCAGGCACAACAAGCAUCAGAGCAAUCGGCAGCGACCCAAUCAGAGGUUUGAUAGCUGACAUGACGAAACCUCCCAAAGCUUUGCUCCCUGCUCCGCUUAUACCGAAGGAGCCCCCCACGGGCUACUCCUACCAGCAGAUCAACUGUCUGGACAGCAUCAUAAGGUACUUGGACAGCUGUAACAUUCCCAACACGGUCAAAAGGAAGUGCGGCUCCUCCUCCUACACGUCCGACGAGGACAAACACCAGGAAACCAGCAACAACACGGGUGGUUCAGUUAACCUUGUAAGUGAACCACCUCCUCUGCCUCCCCUGACCAUGGCCACAAAGGCACAGAGUGUAGCCUCAGUCACGUCGCAGUGUAGCUUCAGCAGCACCAUCGUGCAUGUGGGAGACAAGAAGCCUCGUGAGUCAGACAUCAUCAUGGAGGAGGCGCCUGCAAACACAUCAACUCCUCCCACCAGCGGUGUGACACCUCCCGCUAACACAACCAUCAGCUUUCGUCAUCUCCCUCCCCCUCUGGCCCCUCAGUCAGAGAGGGACAGCCGGAGGAGUGGAAGUGCAGGAGGAGGGGGGGGGGGCCGGAUGGGUCUCACAAAGGAGGUGCUAUCCGCCCACACCCAGCAGGAGGAGCAGGUGUUCCUUGACCGCUUCAAGGACCUCAGCAAGCUGCGGGUCUUCGAUCAGACGGCAUCUUUGACUCUGCACUGUCAGAGCCCGCCAGCCAACCCUCUGUCGCGAGGAGUGCGUUGUUCUCGGGAUUACCCGGCCGCAGGAAGCAGCACCAGUCGCAGACGUGGUCGAGGCGGUAAGAGACCCAAGCACCAGGAGUCAUCUGACCAGCACAGCUCUCUGGGCCUGAACGGGAGCCGGCGUCACCCCAGAACUGGCACAGCUCCCAUGCCCCUCAGCGUCCCCAUCGGACCCCAAACAAAUUCCUCCUCCUGGCCGACUGUAGGCUCCCAGGCCGCCCCAUUCGCUCCCGGUAUGCUUCCGAUCUACCCGGUUUACUCACCGAUGACACAGCCCUUACCGGUCCCCGAUCCAUCACACUUCCCCCCUACCCAGAUGGUACCUCCCAUGAUGGCCCUCGUUCUGCCAAACUACAUUUUCCCCCAGAUGGGAGCGCCAAUCGCUCAGCCAGGACCAAACCCCGGACACUUCUACAAUCCAAACUUCACAUUCCCUGCUGCCACCGCAGCAGCCGUCCCCACUGUUAUUUCCAACCCUCUACUCAUUCCGGCCUCCCGCGCCCCAUCUCAUAGCAGCACCCCCCAAUCUUACAGCCAGACACCUGCUGACCGUGAUGGGGCAGAGUCCCCCCUCUUCCAGUCCAGAUGCUCCUCACCUCUCAACCUGUUGCAGCUGGAGGAAUCACCAAGCAACCGACUAGAGGUCGCCACGGCCCUUGUUGCAUCACAGCAAGCCACGCCGUCUGCGCAGGGCGCUACGGCCGGGGGACAGAGCUCAGCCAAUCAGAGGAGCUCUGAUGAUGCCUCCAAAGUGAAUGAGAAUGGAGAAGCUAAUGAGUCCAACAACGAUGCCAUGUCCACCUCCAGCGACCUGCUGGAUAUGUUGCUGCAGGAAGACGCCCGCUCAGGCACCGGCUCAGCUGCCUCUGGUUCAGGUUCCGGCUCCUUUGGCACCAGCGGCAUGAGCAGCAGCCAGGGCAGCCACACCAGCAAGUACUUUGGAAGCAUCGACUCGUCAGAGAACGAUCAUUCCCGCAAACAGCCGGCAGGGGGCAGCAGCAGCGCCGGUGGAGAUGGUGGUGAGGAGCAGUUCAUCAAGUGUGUCCUGCAGGACCCCAUCUGGCUGCUGAUGGCCAACACUGACGACAAGGUCAUGAUGACCUAUCAGCUGCCUGUCAGAAACAUGGAGACUGUGCUGCGAGAAGACCGUGAGGCCUUAAGGAGCAUGCAGAAACAACAGCCACGCUUCACCGAGGACCAGAAAAGGGAGCUGAGCCAGGUGCACCCCUGGAUCCGCACAGGACGCCUGCCCCGCGCCAUCAACAUCUCUGGCUGCGCAGGCUGCAAGUCUCCCCCCUCUGAGUCUCCCGCCGCUCCGUUCGAUGUUGUGAUUCACGAGAUGGAGCUGUGCAGUGCGCUGAAAGCUCAGAAGGAGGGCGCCAGAAAGGGCAAUAAAGGUGUGUCAGAAACAGCCAUGGACGAAGCUCACCCAGCUCUUCAUGAAGUGAAAAGAGCCAAAGCACAUGACAGCAACCACGAUAUGACCGCGGAGGAGACGAGAGAAAAGUCUCACAUGACUCACUAAGUAGGUGUCCAAAGAUAAAGAACACUAUCAAGACGUUUCUACGCUGAUAUGCAGAACACAUGCACCCUUCCGGGACCUUCUGUGCCCUGAACAUCAUUGCACAGUGUAAAAGAUGUUACAACGGGAUUUGUUGGGAGAUUAACGAGGUGCAUUAUAAUCGAGAAAACUUCCAUUUAUUGUUUGACAGGUCAGGCAGGACACUUUGAUGACGGCACACCGGGCAUGUUGUAAGACUGCAUAUGAAACGUCUUAGAAACCACAGGACAUACGGACUUUCCUUGCUCUUGUAGUUCUUGGCAUUUAAGUUGCAAGAUGGUCAGAGAGGACUAAGGGGAAUGUGCAUCAAAAAGGCACCUUUACGUAAAGACGGACGUGCGUCACCACAGCGUCCUCCCUCCUGUUCGGGGGUUAAGCUCACGAGGAAAAGAAGGGAGUUCAUCUGUGACUUCUCUUCUUGUUGAAUGUUUCGCAGGUCGUCUGGGAUCCUGCUCAUCCUGUUUCUCUCAAAGACUUCAUUUUGUUCAUUUUUUUUAAUAUAAAAUUAGCCCUGAUUUAAAAGAGCAAUUAAAAAAAAAAAAGCAACUUUCACCUUAUAGACACAAUAUAGAGUGAAAAACAAGUUAAUUUUGUAAACAAUGUGUAUAUUUUUAUACUUUCAUCCACUGAAAAUAGAGAGGAUAAAUGUCCAAAAGAGUGUCUACCGUAAAAAGUGAAGAAAUGUGAAAGUCCAGGAUGGAAAGUUAAAAACAAUCUGUUCACACUCGGCAAUCGAGUUGCUUAACUUGAGGGAUGUACAGUGAAUGCGUGGGGACAGCGUGGCAAUCGCCAGGAGACUAACUUGGACAUAUAUACGGUUUCUCCUCGGCCGGGCAUUAGUAAGUGCAUUGGUGUGGUCUCCCCAGAGUGGGAAAUGAACAAUGCCUCUGAGAAAUGAUCCUCUCACAAACAUCACAGUAUUUCCUAAACUGCCUGCACCCUAAGGAGCUCUAAACCUCUUCUGCUGCCAGUGCUUGGUCACGCUGGUAAAUGGAUUUGAAAAGAGGUCGACGACGUUACUCUAAAAAGUCUAGAGUUUGGAAUGUUUACUAUCUUUACUAUCCUUUCGCUCUCUCAUCUCUCCCUCUGUGGCACUGUUCUGGUCAUGUGAUGUCCUUUGCUUCAGUCGGUGGUGUCUGCAACAGUUUCUAAAUAUUUUUGUGAAAUUCUUUGUACAAUAAAACGACUUGAAACUCCUUUUAAA